AUGAGCCUAAAUAAUUCCGUGGAUAUUUAUCUUGAGUCUGAGCAAGAACAGAUUCAAACUCUAAAUAAAUAUAUCCAUGAUAUUCAUCAGCAACUGGUUGAUUAUGAAGAAUCUCUUACGCCCGAGUGUUCGAAUGAUGAUAAUGAUAGCGAAAAUAAUAUUCCGAAAAUAAUGGAUUUAUUGAACGAAGUAGCAGAUAUAAACGAAGCUGCAAAAAUAUUACGUCCAAUAAACUUGCAGUUGGACGACUUGCAAAGCGGUCUGACUGACUGCUUAAAAUCUUUGCAACAAACCAUCGACCUGUUGAAACUAGAAAGAGAUAUUAAAAUACUAACAGAAAGAAAUGAAGGCAUGAGUAGCGAAGAAGAUUAA